AUGGCUGCUCUACCCCCUGCAGCGCUGGCAUUUCAAAAAGCUCAUAUAAAAGAGAACCGCGGCCCUUCGGUAAUUGGGGUCAGCGCAACCCUGAUUGCCCUGGUCACCGCUGCUGUUUCAUUCCGCUUCCUUGGAAGACGUGUUAGACACCUUCCGUUGUUGAUGGAUGAUUUGUUGACGAUACCGGCAUUGGUUGGUCCUAACCCAAAUGUAGUCAACCCGUCAGCUAUUUUUGGCUCAGCUUGUCGCCAACGCCCAUAUCGGGAGCGUGUAGGGUGGGAACCAGCGCGUCCCAGCGCGUCAGAUACUUCCACCAGUGUCUUCAACACCUUUGCCGAUUUCGCAUUGCUAAUACUUCCGAUGUUCGUGUUAUGGAAUUCGCAUAUGCCUUUGAAUCGGAAAGGUGGCCUUAUUGGAAUCUUUUUGGUUGGUUCCUUAGCUUGUGCAGCGGGCUUGGUCCGCAUAUGGAGUACCGUAAACGCCCUGGGCAACGAAACCGAUACCAGCUGGACAACAGCGGAACCACUAACCUGGACAGCCAUUGAAGCGGGCGUAUGCUUGGUCUGUGCUUGUUUCCCUGUCAUGGCUCCACUCUUUGGCCAGUUCUUCCGCGAACAUGUGGGUGCCGCGGAAUCUGGCGGCAGCAAUCAGAAGUCUCACAGCAGCAAAGGCAGUAAAGGCAGCUCCAUUGUCCACAAAUUCACAGGACGCCACAACCACAAUAGCUAUAUUAAACAAGACGGCGAGGACAAAAUACCCCUACAUAACAUUUCGUGGCCAUUAGAGGCUCACGAAGCGGCAGCUGUGGACAUUGAGGGCGAGCAAAGUGUGCCUACGGCAGCAACGCGAGUCGUGGAUCAGGACCGCGGGCGAAGAGAACAGCUGCACCCAGGAGUGCAGGACCCAAGGGUCAUCAAUGAAGUCUAUAGGGGAGUGAGCCCGGGCGAGAUGGGAAUGGAUGAGGAUGGGAAACCGCUACCGUCCAACGGGAUCCUUGUGAAGAAUGAUCUCGAGUGGACAGCUGAGACCAGGCUUUGUCCUCCAUCAACAUCGUAG